UGUGUCGAAGACGCUGUUCGAUACUUCGAUUGUAGCAUGGCCGAAGUUGAGGAGAGUAAUAGAAAUAAACAAAUUAAGAAGCGAACACGUAACCCGGCUGAGUGGCAACGAGAAAAGAGGAAAAGAUUGAGAGUAGCAGGAAAGUCAUACAUAAACAGCAAAGGUGAUGUUGUUCAGGAGAGAAAAAUUGGAGAGGACUGCAAAUGUCGUCGUAAAUGUUACAAAAUUGUAACAGAAGAUGUUAGAAACAAGCUGUUUGAUGGAUAUUAUUCACUGAAGAGCCAUGAUGAGCAGAAUGCUUACUUGUUUGGCCUGAUACGUAAAUACGAUAUUGCAAGAAAAAGAUGCAAGGACAGUGAUCGAAGAACAUGCAGUUAUCGUUACUUUGUCAGGCACCGAGGGAAGGAAGUGCAGGUCUGCAGGCUAGCAUUUGCACAUAUUCAUGGUAUUUCUGCACAUAAGAUUAGGAUACUGUGCCAGAAACAGGACCAGAAUGUUAUGUAUCCUCGUGAUGGGCGCGGAAAGCAUGACAACCGACCCACGAAAAUAUCAGAUCAGACACGGAAUCAGAUAAAAGAGCACAUUUACUCAAUAAUUAAAUCAGAUAGGGUCCGGGAAUUUUUUAAGGAAGAAAAACAUAGUGGACCAGAUGUAAACAUUACAAAAAUGUGGAAGGACUAUCUACUGAAGUACGAUCCAAAUUACUGUGACAGUGCAUCAGACAAUGAAAAAGUAACAGCACCAAUGAACCAUAGUGGUAACAGUUUGGUAUCUGAUAACUUACAGAUGCCAGUGUUUACUAGCAGUCUUGGACCAGAAAUGACUCAACAGCAACAUUUACCUUACUCAAAUACUAUCAAUCUUUCACACUAUCAUGUGCCAUCUAUGAGCAGUAAUCUGGAACUCUUUGGGAAUGAUGGAAGCCAGUAUGAAGAUCAGGAAAGGCUAAACUCUCAUAGCAAACAAGAUACCCGACCACCUCCAAUUAUAAAACAUUGGUUGUAUAGCAAAGUCUUCCAUGAGGAAUUUAAAUUACAUGACUUUGUUUCAUUAAAAAAGAAACUAUGUUCCUUCAAAGAUAGUGAUAAAUCUCAAAUGAGCCAGCAAGCAAACAAAUCAGAGCGCAAACAGAAGACACCUAAGAAAAUCAGUCGAGACAAAGAUUCUGUUGGUGACGUAACAGGUGGACAAAACAUAGUGAAUGUCUCUGAUGGUCAUAAUGGAGUGAUUGAAAGUUCUGGGCAUCUUCAGAUGCCACCAGUAAAUUCUAGUUCUUCACCUGACAUGUAUAUUUUGCCAGUGAAUUUGCAAGAUCUUCCGCCUCUGAAUCAGUCAAGUGAAAUGUUGCAUCAGCACCAUCAACACCACACUAUGCAGCUUAACCUCCACACUUAUUCCACACCCCAGGCCAGUGUUAUAAACCCCCUCGUCCACAAUCAGCCUCCGUGUACAGCAAUGAUGGGAUCCGUAGGCCUAAGUCAGAACUCUUGUGGAGCAUAUGCCCCUGCUGCUGCAUUUUACUAGUGUGUUCCAUUACAAGGCUUUACUAGUGUGUUAUUCUCCCCAUAUAAUACUUAAUAAUAAUUAUUUAUAGAGGCAUUAUAUGUGAAAGACUUCUUAAUUUGUGAAGCGAUUUUAUGUAAAAUUUUAAGUCACUGUAAUAUUUUAGUGCAUCAUCUAUUCAGAUUUCUCAAACAUUGUGUCAUGUUUAUUGUGUAGAGAAGGAAAAUAAAUGUUAUCUGUCUUUUGCAUCAGAAUGUUUAUUUUGCUUCAACAGUAUAAGGAAAAGAUAGAUUGCUACUCAUCAUAAAGAUGCCACAUUGAGUUGCAGGCAGGUACAACGAAAAGACACUUAUACGUUAGCUUUUGACGACUGUCAGAAAAGGAAGG